AAUUAUUUCUCCAGUCCAGUAGGCGGAUCGUGCUCGGCUGUUAGCAACCCGCCGGUAAAACCCACGAAGAAAACGAAAAUGAAAGAAACUGGAAAAUACAGCUGCGCCUAAUAGACGCUUCAGAUCCUCGUCUUGUUUACAUACUGUAGAUAAAUUAAGGCAACAGCUAAACCUGUCUCUAGUUAAUAAUUGUAUAAAUCUAGACCAAUAGAAGAUGACAUUGGGUUCGCUUUUAAAAAUCGCCUCAAUACAGUUUGCUUGUUUAGGAAGAAAUUUACCACAGAACUUGCGUGAGCUGGAUGGAGAUACCUGGACACAUUUCUUUACCGCAUACAGGAAAAAUAAAACUGUAAUGACCUUCAUCUCAGAGACUCAUUGUCAUGUCCAGCUCAUGAUGGUCGUCUGAUUGUCUUCAGCAACACAAAGACACCAGUGUUGAGCUGUUGAUCUGCAGUAUGUCAGAGGAGCAGGGAAAGAUGAGUCUCUCAGAGAAACACAGUGUAAUAUCAGACUCAUGUGUGUCCGGCUCUGUGUCUGUGAAGAGCGACUGCUCAAAAGAUGGUGAUCUCCCGAACUUCAGUGUGGAAAAGCCAAUGUCUGCUAAAAGUGUAAUAUCAGACUCAUGUGUGUCCGGCUCUGUGUCUGUGAAGAGCGACUGCUCAAAAGAUGGUGAUCUCCCGAACUUCAGUGUGGAAAAACAAACGUCUGCUAAAAGUGUAAUAUCAGACUCCUGUGUGUCCGGCUCUGUGUUUGUGAAGAGUGACUGCUCAAAAGAUGGUGAUCUCCCGAACUUCAGCGAGGAAACACCGUCAUCUGGCAAAAGUUUUGAACAUAAGACAUCAGACUCAGACUUCCAGACUCACAGGAAACACAAGGGGUUUCAAGACGGUCUUCUGGGGAUCUUUCAGGAUCUUGAAAACCAGAUAAUGAAUUAUCUGAAGCAUGAGCUAGAAAAGUUUAAGAAAAUCUUACAAAAAGAAAACAUAAUUGACUUUGUAAAGGACUUUAACGAGAACAGAUGCAGCAUCAAAGAAGCAGCUCUCGAUCUCACACUCUACUUCCUGAGGGAAAUGAAGCAAGAGGAAAGUGCUGAUACUCUAGAAGACGAACUGAUCUUCAUUCAUCAGCUGAAAUGUGGCCUACAGAAGAAGUAUCAGUGUGUGUUUGAAGGAAUUGCACAGCAAGGAGAUUCAAGACUUCUGAAGAACAUCUACACAGAUCUCUAUAUCACUCAGGGUGGCAGUGAACAGGUCAAUACUGAACAUGAGGUCAGACAGAUUGAAGUUGCUUCUAGACGUCAUGAAGCACAAGAGCUACAGGUUGAAUGCAGACACUUGUUUGAAGCGUCUGAACAAGAUAAGCAGAUCAGAACUGUACUGACAAAAGGAGUCGCUGGCAUCGGGAAAUCAGUCUCUGUGCAAAAGUUUGUUCUGGAUUGGGCUGAAGGAAAAGAAAAUCAAGAGAUCAGCUUCAUAUUUCCUCUUCCAUUCAGAGAGAUGAACUUAAAGGAGAAAGAAACACUCAGUUUGAUGGAGCUUAUAACUCAGUUUUUCCCGGAGACAAAAGGACUGAACCUUACAAGAAGGAAUCGAUUCAAAGUCCUGUUCAUCCUUGAUGGAUUGGAUGAAUGUCGUCUUCCUCUGAACUUUGCUGGUAAUGAGACGUGUUGUGAUGUUUCGUCGCCAGCCUCUCUGGAUGUUCUCCUGACGAACCUCAUCAAGGGAAAUCUGCUUCCUUCUGCUCUCAUCUGGAUCACCAGCAGACCAGCAGCUGCCAGUAAGAUUCCUCCUGACUGUAUCGACCGGCUGACAGAGAUACGAGGAUUCAAUGAUGCACAAAAAGAGGAGUACUUCAGAAAAAGACUGACAGAUGAGAAUCAGGCCAAAGAAAUCAUUGAUCAUGUUAAACAAUCAAAGAGUCUCUUCAUCAUGUGCCACAUCCCAGUCUUCUGCUGGAUUUCAGCCACUGUUCUCCAAAACAUUUUACAGGAGAAGAGAAAUAAUGAUGUUAAACACAAUCAAGCUGAUGACGCCUCCAAAACACUGCAGGAAUCAAACACUGAAGACACUCCCAAGACUCUGACACAGAUGUACACACACUUUCUGCGCUUUCAGAUCCAGCAGAGCAGACGAAAGUAUAAUGGAGAAUACACACCAGAUGUGUCCUGGGAUAAAGACGCCAUCCUUUCACUGGGGAAACUGGCAUUUCAUCAUCUGUUAAACAACAACCUAAUCUUCUAUGACACAGACCUGGAAGCCUGUGGUAUUGACGUCUAUAAGGCCUCAGUUUACUCAGGCAUGUGUACCCAGAUCUUUAAGGAGGAAACUGGGAUCAUUCUUGGUACCAUGUACUGCUUUGUUCACCUGACUCUUCAAGAGUUUAUCGCAGCCCUUUAUGCACAUCUGAUUCUAGACACUAACAAGAAAAGUGUGUUUGAUCAAGACUCUAAAAAAAUAAAUGAGUCCAUGAUUGAUUUGCUGAAGACUGCAGUGGACAAGGCACUAGAGAGUGACAAUGGGCACCUGGACCUUUUUCUUCGCUUCCUUCUCGGUCUGUCACUUCAGUCCAAUCGACGAAUCUUACGAGGUCUGUUGACACCGCAAGACCAAGAUGACCAAAGCACAGAGAAAAUACUUCAGUAUAUCAAGCAGAAGUUUGAUGCGAAUCUUUCUCCAGAGAGAUCCAUCAAUCUGUUCUACUGUCUGAAUGAACUGAACGAACAAACUCUGGUGAAAGAGAUUCAGACUCACCUUAGCAAAGGAAGUCUCUCAUCUGCUGACUUUUCAUCUGCCCACUGGUCUGCUUUGGCCUUUGUGUUGUUGACAUCAGAUGAGGAGAUGGAGGAGUUUGAGCUUCAGAAAUUCCAUAAAUCAGACGAGUGUCUCAUCAGACUAUCAGCAGUCAUCAAAACCUGCAAAAGAGCUCUGUUAAAUGAUUGUAACUUAACAGACAGAAGCUGUUCAGCUUUGGCUACAGUUCUUGAGUCAGAUACCAGUCUAAAAGAGCUGAACAUGAGUAAUAAUAAUCUGCAGGAUUCAGGAGUGAAGCUGCUCUGUACUGGACUGAAGGAUAUGAAGUGUGAAUUGGAGAUACUGAGACUUUCAGACUGCAAUAUUACAGAGGAAGGUUAUAAAGCACUGGCUUCAGCUCUGAGAUCAAAUCCUUCACAUCUACUAGAGCUAGACCUCAGAGGAAAUGAUCCUGGAGAAUCAGGAGUAAAGGAGCUUGAUGAUUUACUGCAGGAUCCAAACUGUACACUGAAAACACUGAGGUUUUUAAGUCCUUCUGCAGAAGAAUCCUGUCAGUUUGUGAAUGGGGUUGUGGGUAAAAACCCAUUACUCCUAAAAACACUGAAUCUGAAUGAUUUCCGAUCCACGCGUAACCAUCCAUUUAUAUAUGAAAUAGAAGACACACAAGUGAAUCACCUCGCUGCUCUACUGCAGGAUAAACACUGUAGAGUCAACAUGCUUAUUCUGGGUGGAUGCAGUUUUACAGAUGAUCAGUGGGAGAGCCUAACUUCAGCUCUGAAAUUAAACCCAUCACACCUGAGAGAACUGAUCCUGAUGUGGAAUGGACCGGGAGAGUCUGGAGUGAAAAUCCUCAGUGAUUUCCUAAUCGAGCCACAAUUAAAGCUGGAGAAACUAUGUUUGUGUUAUUGCAGUAUUACAGAGGAACGGUGUGAGAUCCUGACUUCAGCUCUGAAAUCAAACCCAUCACACCUGAGAGAACUGAACCUCAGUCAGAAUAUACCUGGCGACUCUGGAAUGAAAAACCUCAGUGAUUUACUGAUGAAUCCACAAUCCAAGCUGGAGAAACUACAACUUUGUAAAUGCAGUAUUACAGAGGAACAGUGUGUGAUCCUGACUUCAGCUCUGAAAUCAAACCCAUCACACCUGAGAGAUCUGAACCUCAGUCUGAAUAAUCUAGGAGACUCUGGAGUGAAAACUCUAAGUGAUUUACUGAUGAAGCCACACUUAAAGAUGGAAAAACUAUGGCUGUGUAAAUGCAGUAUUACAGAGGAACAGUGUGUGAUCCUGGCUUCAGCUCUGAAAUCAAACCCAUCACACCUGAGAGAACUGAGCCUCAGUGAGAAUAAUCUGGGAGACUCUGGAGUGAAAAACCUCAGUGAUUUACUGAUGAAGCCACAGUUCAAGCUGGAGAAACUACAUCUGUCUCAUUGCAGUAUCACAGAGGAACAGUGCGAGAUCCUGACUUCAGCUCUGAAAUCAAACCCAUCACACCUGAGAGAACUGGACAUAAGUAAGAAUCAAAUUAGAAACACUGGAGUGAAUCUCUUAUGUGACGUACUGAACAAUUCAGACUGCAAACUGGAGACACUGAGACUAAACGACUGUGGCAUCACAGAUGUUUCUUCUUUAACUCAGUGUUUGACGAACACAAAAGCUCUGCAGUUUCUAAAAGUGCUUUAUCUGAGGGAAAAUCACAUUGGAGACUCAAAGCAGGAGCUCAGUGAUGUGGUACGAGACUCAAACUGUGAACUGAGUGUUGAUGAAUUUUCACUGCCAGACUUUGGUCAAAUCAAAGACAUUAAAUGCUGUAUAUCAUAGUUUUUGUGAAGAAGAGAUGCAUCAGGUGAGGAUCCACAGAAGAGUGUCAUUAUGCAUACAGAUGUUCAGCUUUACCUUAAGCAUGCAAUACCUAGUGUGACCUGCAUGCCAAAUUUGACUAUAAUGCCAGAUUUGCCUCACACACAGUACACCGACCAUCACAAAGAGUUUGUGAAGUGUGCUUCAGGCUUAAUAGUGUACUACUUACCAAGAAUUUCAAAUGUAUUCAUACCACUAAAUUACCAACGAUAAGCAACUUUACUGUCAGCAUAUCAAGGCACCUAGAGUUGAUCUGAAACCAUUGCAUUUGACUCUAGGAGUCAAACAACAAAGAAUCAAGUCAAGAAUCUUUGUGUGAUUCUGGAGUUGUUAUGUUUUCUGAGAAAAUGGUGAAUUCAUUACUUAAUG